AUGCCAGUAAAUAAUCACCAAUACAACAACUCCCUUUUCACAAUGUCAUACUACGAUAUCGAUGAUAUUCUAGCUGAUGCAGAAAAAUUACCCUGUCAAUUUAACCAUACAAUCCCCGGCCUAGGCUACCUUGAAGGCAACCCCGGCAAACCCAUCCAACUGGGCACCAAACUCGAACUACCAUUCUGGCUCGCUGAAAUCCUUGCCGUUCUCGAAGUGACAAACUCUGACUCAUCAUUCAUAUCCUUAAUCGACCCCGAUUUCAUCAAUGAUAAAGUGUUGAAUGCCAUUAAAUCCGAUGCCAAAUCAUUAGAUCUACAUAAAUUAUCAUCACAAUACUAUAAAAUGAUUGAAAAAUGGGGGAAAUUGUUUUAUGAACCGAAAUUGGUUGACCAAAUUAUGGAAAUGGUUAAAAUACGAAGCUAUGAAAUCAACAAUUAUGCUAGUAAUAUCCAUUCAAAACAUUUCAAUACUGAAUUUAUUUAUACUUUGGAUGAAUUUGAAAAAAAAUUGUUUAAAGAUACCAGUGAAAGUAACAAGUUGAUGAGACAAUGGUUGAAAGAGUAG